UGGCAGCUGACAGACACCAAACAGCUGGUGCACAGCUUCGCUGAGGGCCGCGACCAGGGCAGUGCUUAUGCCAAUCGUACCACCCUCUUCCCGGACCUGCUGGCCCAGGGCAACGCGUCCCUGAGGCUGCAGCGCGUGCGCGUGGCAGAUGAGGGCAGCUUCACCUGUUUUGUGAGCAUCCGGGACUUUGGCAGUGCUGCAGUCAGCCUGCAGGUGGCAGCCCCCUACUCGAAGCCCAGUAUGACUCUGGAGCCCAACAAGGACCUGCGACCUGGAGACACGGUGACCAUCACGUGCUCCAGCUACCGGGGCUACCCCGAGGCCGAGGUGUUCUGGCAGGAUGCUCAGGGCGUGCCCUUGACGAGCAAUGUGACGACGUCGCAGAUGGCCAACGACCAGGGUCUGUUCGACGUGCGCAGCGUGCUGAGGGUGGUGCUGAGCGCCAAUGGCACCUACAGCUGCCUGGUGCGCAACCGCGUGCUUCAGCAGGACGCCCAUGGCUCCGUCACCAUCACAGGACAGCCCAUGACAUUUCCCCCUGAGGCCCUGUGGGUGACCGUGGGGCUCUCCAUCUGUCUCGUUGCACUGCUGGUGGCCCUGGCCUUUGUGUGCUGGAGGAAGAUCAAACAAAGCUGUGAGGAGGAGAAUGCAGGAGCUGAGGACCAGGAUGGGGAUGGAGAAGGAUCCAAGACAGCACUGAGGCCUCUGAAACACUCUGAAAACAAAGAAGAUGAUGGACAAGAGAUAGCUUGA